UGACCCACCAGGCAUAGCCUAGUCUUGAUUUUUCAGAUAUUCUUAUUCAACAUGUUUCUCUAUAAAAACAAAUAUUUUUUCGUCAUUCCCUUUAUUGUGCAAUAAUAGGCGCAUAAGUGACUUUAGGAAGCUGGGAGGGUCCCAGAAAACAACCCUCCGACGAAUUAUUCUAGCACCUAAGGAACUCAGACGAACAUUCCCUUUAAAGAAAGAAAAUUUGCAUUACUGUUGAUCCAAAAGAAACCACUCAAAUAACUUAAAGUUUUCCUGGUUAACAAUGGGAAAAGAUAAUAAAUCCAUGUGUUGUGGUUUUCCACUGGGCCAAAUCAUCACAUACCAUAAUUCUCUACGAACGUCUAAAGCACACCACACCAUGCACAUAUACCACAUGCAAACACACACACCCUAGACACAGAUGCACACACACAAGCACAUGCACACCACAUACAUACCACACACGUGCACACAAAUAUGAACACACCCUAGGCAUACACGCAUGCACUUACACACUUGUUGCUUUUAGUGGAGGAACAGUCUCAGUUACUCUCAGAUGAAGCUAGUUCUUAUUUAUAUUCCUGUCUGCCCCAGUGUAUGGCUUCAUAAGAAUUUAUUCUUCAUUUCAUGCGCAAAAGACUGCCCUAAUCCCCCUCUUUGGCCACUGGAGUAUGUCCAGAACUUUUAAGCAGAAAAGGGCCUUUCUUCCUUGAUCCCAAGCCAGAGUCGAAAUGAAUCUUAGAGGACUUAAAUGGCCCAACAUCCCCGCGUCACCACCGACUUCUCGUUCAAAGGGGUACUUUGGGCGGCAGGUGGAGUUAUAAUUAUAGAUUAGAAAAAAGCAGCAUCAGCAGCUGUCCCUUGUGUUUGUUCCCGGCUAUAACUGUCAUCAGUGGGCAAACUGGCAUAAACAGGCCUCAGCAAGUGGAAAAACAUUUAACCCUGGACUCGCGACGCGCUGGAACCUCGCAGCAGCCAGAGACCAGGCGGAAACCUGACGGUCCCGUGCGUGAAGCCUGGAACCCGGGAGCACACGGACCUGAAGACGCCUCUGCAGGGAGAGACUGACAUUUUGAAGAUUUCCCUUCCCGUGGGAGACUCCAAAGGAACAGGUCAGUGCUCAGUCAGCUUACGCACUUGAACGGUGGGUGACCUUGGUGCUCCGUGGGCUUAGGGUUUGUGACAGCCUCCUAGAAGGGUGAAGGAGCAAAUGAAAGAAAAGGAAGAUGGUGAGAGUCUGUUACUUAACACAGUUGGCCUGGAGAGCAACUGAAGACAUUUGCGCUCCUCUCCCGAGUCAACUGUGCUCUCCUUAGGCAAAGAGACAAGGUAGCCCUGAAAAAGUAGAGCGGGUUUUGUGACAGACAUCCCAUUCUUUUGUAGCACCACUUACGUGGGCAAAAGGCCCUGGUUUGUUUCCUAAUUAAAAUCAAUAAUUUUGGAGGAUAAAUCAGUGAUUUUUGUUGCUGUUGUUAUGAAGACAGCUGCCAGCUCUUAAUUCCUUAGAGGAAACAGACAAAUUACAGUUGGAUGUUUGCCUAUUUGAAUGAAACAUUCUCUUGCUUGUGAUGGAAUGUAUGAUAUAGAUUGCUCUAUGGGAAAAAUAUACUAGGGUGUGUGUGUGUGUGUGUGUGUGUGUGUGUGUAUUAUAAUUUGACCUAAAAACUACACGUUCUCAGUCUAAGUGGCUCUGUGAGAAGCGCCUCAUAGUUCCAUUGGAGAGGAGUUAAUAUUGUAAAGAAAUCUCACUUUGUUCGCACGGGACCUAUAUGCUAGCCAGUAGCUGAGCAAGAUUUCCAAACAAAGGUCGGCUUUGAGCUAUCUAUCCCAAAGUCAAAGAACAUGUCUCAGUGGGAUGCCAUGGCACAACAAAGAGCUCCCUGAAAAGCGGGCUCCAGACUCCCUUCUCAUCCUGCCCACACCCAUGGCACAGAGCCAGUACAAGGAGUCCAAAUAAUGGACUCUCUGGGGAUCUAGCUCAGUUGGUACAGUGCCUGCCUCACAUGCACAAGACUCAGCACCUAGUAAACUAGGCACAGUGGCAUGGUCCUGCAAUUCCAGCACUCACCCAAAAGGUUGAUCCAAAGCUCAAAGGUCAUUCUUGACUAAGUAUCACAUUCAAGGCCACUGUCUUACAAAGCAAACAAACAAAAAAGCCAAACAAACAAACAAACAAACAAAAAACUCUUUUUGUUCAGCUCUGAUAAGAAAGUCGACCACCUUUAAGCAUCUCACUGGGACUUUCCAAAGGGAAAAUACAGCAUUUUAACAUCAGGGUUGCUCAGCACAUGGGCUCUUUUUGGAAGGUACAGAAUUCCAACUGUGCAUCCAUCCAUCCAGAGAGUCACUUAGACACUCACAUCCUACCCAGUAAGACCACCCAGAGUAAUCGGCCAGUCAAGCUGCUCUAAGGGCCUGGCUUCUUCCUUAAAAUAGCUCCUGGUUUCUAGGAAGUGAGCUGUAACUUUUUCCUCUUAGGAAGUUUAAAGGUGAACUCAAUACCUCUUUACGUAUUUUAGCAGACACGGGCCCCAAGCAACGAGUAUAGCUACUGUUUUUUAAAACAUCAGUUUAGCAAACCAGUUUCCUAAAUCCACCUACUAUUGAGAAGCGGCAUUACAAUGUGUCUAGUAUAUGGCAUGUGUUAGUUUCGCUAUUUGUUGGGCAAUCGCUACAGGCUCUAAAAUACUACUUAUCAAUUACAGAAAUUUCGGGGCUUUUAAGAACACUCUUUCCUGAGACCACCUUCCUCUCCUUCUGUGCUCUGAGGUCUAGGACUGAGAUUCUAGAUGGUGAGAUGGUGCUAUCUACAACUUCUAAAUUGUAAAAAGGAGUGCAGGAAUGUAGGAAGGGUGGAUUGGCUGAUUAGUUGCCGGCUUUAGUCUCCUCUGAUUAUUAAAAAAAAAAAAGUGCAUGCCAAUGCAGACAUCAAACGUUAUUUUCACCCAUGUUUUUUGUCUUCUUGCUCUUCUAGAACAAAACUAUCCGAGAUGACUGUCACUUACUCCAGUAAAGUAGCAAAUGCAACUUUUUUUGGAUUUCAUAGGUUGCUCCUCAAGUGGAGAGGCAGUAUCUACAAGCUACUGUACAGGGAAUUUAUUGUUUUUGCUGUUCUUUACACAGCAAUCAGUCUGGUGUACAGAUUGUUACUUACAGGAGCCCAAAAACGUUACUUUGAAAAAUUAUCAAUUUACUGUGACAGAUAUGCUGAGCAAAUUCCAGUAACCUUUGUGCUUGGGUUCUAUGUCACUCUGGUAGUGAACCGAUGGUGGAACCAGUUUGUGAAUCUGCCUUGGCCGGACAGGCUCAUGUUCCUCAUCUCCAGCAGUGUCCACGGGAGCGACCAGCAUGGGCGCCUGCUCAGAAGGACGCUGAUGCGCUAUGUCAACCUCACGUCCCUGCUCAUCUUCCGCUCCGUGAGCACAGCGGUGUACAAGAGGUUUCCGACCAUGGACCACGUGGUCGAAGCAGGUUUUAUGACAACAGAUGAAAGGAAAUUAUUUGACCACCUCAAAUCGCCACAUCUGAAAUACUGGGUUCCGUUCGUCUGGUUUGGAAAUCUUGCCACGAAAGCCCGGAAUGAAGGUAGAAUCAGGGACAGUGUCGACCUACAAUCAUUGAUGACCGAGAUGAACCGGUACCGCUCUUGGUGCAGCCUCCUGUUUGGCUAUGACUGGGUUGGCAUUCCACUGGUUUACACACAGGUGGUCACUCUGGCCGUCUACACAUUCUUCUUCGCAUGCCUGAUUGGACGGCAGUUCCUGGAUCCCACCAAAGGCUACGCGGGGCAUGACUUAGAUCUGUACAUUCCAAUCUUCACUCUCCUCCAGUUCUUCUUCUACGCAGGAUGGCUCAAGGUACGUCAACGAUCUUGGCACAACUGGGCAGAGGAUGACAGUAGAGCCUUUGAGACGGGUCUAACAAUGUGACGACGGUUUUAGGUCUCUCUUUUAGCUGUGGAUGAAAUGCACAUGAGCUUACCCAAGAUGAAGAAGGACAUUUACUGGGACGAUUCUGCCGCACGGCCACCGUACACCCUGGCAGCUGCUGACUACUGCAUCCCCUCGUUUCUGGGCUCAACGAUCCAAAUGGGGCUGUCCGGGUCCGAGUUCCCCGCGGAGGACUGGCUAUGGAACUAUGAGAAGCAGGGCCACCGGCCCUCGGUGAUGAGGAGGGUCAAGCGCUUCCUGAGUACCCACGAGCACCCCGGCAGCCCCAGGAGGAGGACUUUCGGCAGGCAGGCCAGCGACAGCUCCAUGUUCUUCCCCCCGAGCCCAGCUCGGGAUCUGCUGGACGUGCCCUCCCGAAACCCCCAGCGAGCCUCACCCACCCGGAAGCAACCCCAAUCCCGAGAGGGCAGCCCUAAACUGCAUUCCAGCAUGGGAGAACUGUCCACCAUCAGGGAGACCAGCCGCACCAGCACCUUGCAGAGCCUGACCCCGCAGUCCAGUGUGAGGGCCUCCCCUACCAAAAUGCCCCGGGUCCCCGAGGUCCUGAUCACAGCGGCUGAAGCCCCCGGGACCUCGUCAGACAGCCAUCACCAAGACUCUGCUACCUCCAUCCUGAGCCUCGAGUUCACUGGGGUGCAGCCAAGCAGGACUAAACGGCAGGUAGACCUCUCAGGGAAGGCGACGCCACCCGGGGACCCCAGGCCCCAGACUGUUUCAACCAGUACCGAAAGAGACUUGUUCAAGUUUGAGGAAGACCUGGAUGAUGACAGAUUCCCACAAAGGUGGAGCCUUCCGGAGUUACGGGACUCGCGGCACACCUCCCUGGGAAACUUAGGUCCAGAUCCUGUGAACCCCAGGCCUGCCCUCUUACUUGACACAGAAACAUCCUCAGAGACCAGCGUCACCCAUCCUGGGGCUGGUCCUAGGGUCUCUCCUGAUGUCCUGUUCUUAAUGGAAAGCUUGGACACGAAAGAAACCGACAUCCUGGAGUUUAACAGUGAGCACCCUGAAGAAUCCCCUAAGGGAAUGCCACAGCGCCCCAGGACCUGGUUCUAGCUCACCAGCCCGGGGACACCCCUCCAGGAGCUGGCCAGUGUUUAGCAACAUGAUCCUACUGUACAAGCUACUUAGAACUCUGAAGGGCAUUAUGAUCCUGCAAACCUCGAACACAACCACAUCGUCUAGCUAGCGCAAAGGGGCUUUCACGCAAGUUGUGUGGCCCAAAAUGAAUUCUCAUAACCAAAUAAGGGAUCCCAUAUAAAUGUACAUGGCUUAUACAUCCAUACAUGAUUAGCUUUGGAAAGGACCAUACAGAUCAUAGUCCAAUCCCCUAGAAGCAAAGGCCCAGACACAAAGGGUCCCGUUUCUUUCCUGUUUCCUCCCAUACCUCUCUUCCUUUAGCCAUAGAGACAAGGCUAGACCAUGCCAUGCCCAGAGGCCCUUCCACUUAUAGUUAUUUAACUGGAUCUUCCUGACCACCUCACUCCCGCUUCCGAUAACUAUUAUUAGCAUCUUUCCCUAACUCUUGAACUUCCUCUGUGUCGGAAAGCUCCCUUUCUCUUCAAUUAACUAUGUCUACCAUCUGGUCUUCCUUUUCCUUCUCUUCCUCUUUAUUCUCAUACAUCUUUCCUCCGCCCUUUUCCCCGGUCUAGCUCCUCCAGUGACUCUAAUCUGUCCCUCUUUCCAGGUUAUAAUAGCUUCCCUUUCCAACUCUGUUGCUUACUUCCUGUCAUGGUGUUCACACUAUGAGACACUGGUAAUGACCGGUACAGGAAUCUAACACACCCAACCCCCCAUGCUUCCAGCCUUGCUGUAAGAGGUGCAUGUGUGCUGACGGUAUCCACCAUCUCAAACCUGCCGCUUCCGCUCCUUCAUGUUGGACUCCAGAGAAGACCGAAUCAAAGAGGAUAUGAGAUCCGCACAGCCAAGGGCUACCCCACCAAAGGAUGACAUGGUCAGAGAAGACUGAUUCUAAGAGGGUAUGAAAUCCACACAGCCAAAGGCUACCCCACCAAAGGAUGACAUGGUUUGGAUCUACUGAACUCAUACACAGUCUUAAGCAAAAACACUACAAUUGUGUCACAGCGUGGGACCAGUAGGAGAUUGGAGCAGUGUGGAUACUAUAGGGUCCAUGGCCGCACGAUGACAACAGACUCUUGCCAACUUCCUUUCAGAAGCUCUUAGGUUAUGUUUUGCAAGCUCCCAGCUUUGAAAGGGCUCUGCCUUUCCGAGUGCCAUCUUUUCUACCUGUCCUGUAACGAAGCUUGACAUGUGGCUUCAGAAGCAAGAAACUCUAACAGCGACCACGGGUUUGCUGUCUCGGUGCCCCAUGCAGCCAGAUCUGAAGUCCACAUGAGAGUUCACAAUCCUUCAAGGAGUCCUAUGAGACUGACAGACCAUCAGCUCCACUUUAAAGAUGAAAACAGAGGCGUUUCCUGAGCUCACCUAGCCAGGCUUAGCUGCUCAAGAACCCCACACGCCCUCGAUGUGCCACAGGAGGGCCUUGAAUCUGCUAAUGAUUUGCACCAAAUUCUGGAGGAUGCUUCAAGGCGGCUAAUCACAGGUUUAUGCCAAACCUCCUCAGCCUUGGGGACAUCUCUGGAUCCUCCCAAAACAGUUUUCAGUCACAGAGGUGAGCAGCUUUUUGUCUCUGGGGGCCAAUGGCAAGAGCCAUGGUCCUCUCCCGGCCGUUACAGAAGCCGGCAGGAACGUCUUAUUCCUUCCCCCACUACAGAGUCCUGAUGUGCUGUGUUCUAGUGACCACAUUCACACAAAAGCUCAAAUCUCAGUGGGCCUCUGAAGGGGCAAAAAGCAAUGACCCCUACCUUAACAGGCUUUUCUUGAAGGACUAACAUGGUAUGUUAUUAGAGGAGAUGCUGCACAUGCAUGGUCCUCUAUGCUGACCCACACCAUCAACUCCCAAGAAAGGACUGUAAUCCCCAAAGCAUCCCAGACAGACAGACGAUGGGCUCAAGCCCCCCUGUGUUUCUAAAAGGCCAGAAUGACCCUUUCCCAGACAUCAUUGUCUUUACACACUUUUCUUGAGUGCUUCAAUGUAAGCCCCCCCAUACACACACACACACACACACACACACACACACACACACACACACACACACAUCUUCUCUUUGGCUCGAUCUAUUCCCUCAAAUACAAGUUAGGUUUCUACUUAGCUGUCUUUGAAGUAUAAUCAAUUUUCACUCUUAAACCCGAAGUUAUCAACUACGCACUGAAAAAUAAUUUUAUGGAGAAAUGGGAAGGGGUUCAUUUGUCUAUUCCUGGGCCCCUCUUCUCCACCUUUAUUCAUGAGGAUUAUUUAAGCUCCUCAAUAUUUCUUCACAUUUUGAGAUGGCCUCCCGUUUUCUUCUCACGCUGAAAACUGAACUACGACUCGCCCACCGAGCCCAGAUGAGGAGAUUUUUCCAUUCUAAAAUGAGUCUUUACCCUGCAGGGUCAGGGCUGCAAAAAUAAAGGAUUUAUUCUCUUGUGCCCGA